AUGACAAGCACAAAUGCUGUGCCUCCUCAACCUGCUUGUCGAAUUAUUCAAAAUUUUCUUCUCGUCUGGCUUGAUGCCAAUAUGGAUGAAUCAAAGGAAGAUUUUCAAAAUUCAUUAAAACACUUGCGAUCAAUUGUAGCAUCAAUCACAACAUUUACGAAUACUCAAGAAUGUUUCGAUUAUCUUAGUGGUAUUACAAAAGAAAGAGCAUUUAUGAUCGUGUCAGGUUCACUUGGACAAAAAAUAAUAUCUGAUAUUGAAGCAACACCGCAAUUAGAUUCCGUUUAUGUUUUCUGCGGCGAUCAAUCUUAUCAUGAGCAAUGGGCUAAUAAAGUGCCAAAGAUUAAAGGUGUUUACACAAAAAUUGAAUUCAUUUGUAAAGAAUUAAAAAUUGAUUGUCGACAAUGUGAUGGAGCUAUGACCUCGAUCAGUUUUGAGGUAAUUGAUCCAUCAUUUAUGUACACAAAAUUAUUAAAAGAAGUGCUUUUAGAAAUUGAAGAUGACAACAAAAAAUCAAUUCAAGAACUUGCUGCAUACUGUCGAGAACAAGAUAAAAUACCUAAAUGUCAGAUUGAGGAAUUGGAAUGUGAAUAUAGUGAUCACUCACCAAUUUGGUGGUAUACCGGCGAAACUUUUAUCUAUUCUAUGCUUAAUCGUGCACUUCGACUCAUGGAUGCCGAUAUAAUAGUCAAGAUGGGCUUUUUUAUUCGCCACUUACAUCAAGAUAUUCAAAAUUUAUAUGAUAAACAACAAUUAGAAAAUGUGAUUCCGACUCGAACAUUAUACCGUGGUCAAGGUUUAGCUGUGGAAGACUUUGAAAAAAUGAAAAAAAGCUUCGGUCGAUUAAUAUCCUUCAAUAAUUUCCUUUCGACAAGUCGCAAUAAAAAAGUUUCACUUGAAACUUUUGCAAUACCAGCAGCACAUAGGGAUUCAAAUACAGUUGGCAUUCUCUUUAUUAUGACUAUCGAUCCCGUAAUAUGUGCCAAAUCAAAAAUUCCAUUUGCAGAUGUUCACGAAGUCAGCUGCUUCGGAGAAGGCGAAGACGAAAUUCUAUUUACAUCACAUACCAUGUUUCGUGUCGAUCAAAUUCAACCAAUUCACGAUAAACAUAUGGAUCGUCUAUGGCAANAAUCGUUGGCCAAUGAUGAUAUGAAAGCAGCAACAACAGGACAAAUUGAUACAUCAAAUAAAUAA